UCCGGUCAAGUGGUCAGACGCCCCGACAAAGACAUCAACCCAGACCUCCCGACCGGAACCGUUGAAGUGAUGGCCGAUUCGGUGGUUGUGUUGAAUGAGUGCCGAAAAGACGUGCCGUUUAUUAUUCGCGAUUAUCAUACGGUUAAUGAGAGGACACGACUCGAGUACCGGUAUCUCGACAUAAGACACCCGCGAAUGCAAUCCAUUCUACGGCUUCGCUCUCAAGUGGUCAACAAAAUGAGACAAUUCCUGAGCGAAGAGUACGGCUUUGUUGAGGUCGAGACCCCCACUCUGUUUAAGGCGACGCCCGGAGGCGCCAAAGAGUUUGUGGUUCCGACAGAAUUCAAAGAUUGUUUCUAUAAUUUAGUGCAAAGUCCGCAACAGUUUAAGCAACUAUUGAUGAUCGGCGCGAUUGACCGGUACUUCCAGAUCGCCCGCUGCUAUAGGAAUGAGGGCACGAAACCAGACCGACAGCCAGAGUUCACACAA